AUGAUUGAAAUGUUUUCAUUGGUUUACUUUCUAUAUCAUCGUUUCAGAUGUGGUUAUGAAUUGAAGACACUUUGGACAGCUGAGCUUGCUCAUGCACCAUUUGCUGCAGCUCCCCUUUUAACCCACGUAAAUGAUGAUGAAAUCCUGGAUAUUGUGGCUGCUCCAUUUAGUGAGAGCUUUUCUGUAUUAAAUUCAGAAACUGGCAAGAUAUUGAAGAAAACUGCAUGGCCAGCACUGAACUUGGAUAAUUCUGUUCAUGCCAGUCCAAUUCAGUUUGAUGUUGACAACGAUGGACAGUUAGACAUUCUCUUUAUAAUGUCCUCAGCUGAACUGAGAUUUUAUUCACCUAGUGGACACUUGUUAAGAAAUAAAACAAUUCAGCUUCCCCCGGUGUAUGUAGCAGCUGAUUGGUAUAAAUUAGAACUCAUUGUCAAAUUUGAAGAUAUGAAGAAAUAUACCUCACUAACCCAACAAAAGGACAGCAAUUAUCUACCAAUUGAUCCUCAUGUUUUGGCCACACCUGUUCUGGCAGAUAUUAACAAUGACAACAGAGUAGAAGAACUAGUGAUCCCGGUGUCUUAUUUCUAUGAGGAGGAUGACUACAGGGUGAAUGAAAAGUUAGAGAAACUAGGUGGUCUGAACUUCACUGAUAUUGACAAGUAUCUAGUGGCUGGGGUAACUGUGAUGAAUUUAACCACUGGAGAGACCUUGUGGAACACUCUCCUAGACCUCACACAGGUUGAUGCAACAUUCCCUGCUUACAACAUCUUCUCUCCCACUGUGAUUGACCUUGAUGUGAAGGGAGGUCAACUAGAGGUCGUUGUCGGUACAUCUGCUGGGAGCCUUUUUGCAUUCAAUCAUGAUGGCUCCUUAAGGACAGGCUGGCCUGUUAGUCAAAAUACCAUACAUGGACAGAUAACAGCAGCAGACUUGGCUGGAGAUGGUUCGGUGAGGUUGAUAACUAUAGACACCAGUGCCAAUGUUAUCUCUUAUAACAAGGAGGGGGUCAAGUUGUGGGAGUCGACCAUCAGCGGUACCUCAUCCCCAGGGAGCCGCCUGUACGACGUCACAGGAGACGGGGUCCUGGAUCUCAUCAUCACAACAAAUGAUGGGUAUAUCCAUGCAUUAAGUGGUUUAGAUGGUAAACAGCUAGAUGGCUGGCCUAUCUCUGUUGGUGCCCGGAUCACAGCCAAUGUCCUUAUCUCUCGAGUCUCUACCACUCAUACCACUCCAGACAUGGUGGUAGUAGCAGAUGAUGGAUCAAUCCACCUGAUAUCCAUGGAUCUGAAAUGUAAAUCCCAGAUUCCUAUUGGUGAAACCUCAUUGGUCCAGGUUUUGUCACAUGACCUAGUAAAAUGGUUCUCUGGGAUGGAGCUACUGGUUGCCACUAGUGAUGGCACUGUGAUGUGCUUAGCAACGGGGCCUGAACAAGCAGAGAUCCAGGAGAGCACUGACGAGGCGUUAAGGACGAACCAUAUGUGGUCAUUGUCAUCUGAAACUAAGACAGUAAACGACUUCUCCUUUUCAGAGAAAAAGCCAGGAGUGUAUGUGACAUUGUUCACUAGAAAGCAGCUAGAGGUGACAGGAGAGACAUUUCCUGUGGAGUUUGAAAUCAUUGACCCAGCAUUCAAACCGGGCACAUCCAAGUAUUUUAUCUCUAUAUAUUAUGGAAAUCGCCUAUUGAUGAAUGGAGAAUUUCCAGAGCCUAAGAAGUAUUAUCUAUAUGUGCCAGCUGGAGAAGAGCCAAGUCAUGGUCAUGUGACUGUGAGAUUAACCAAUCAGUAUGGACAAAUAUUUGAGGACAGAUUCUCAAUUAGAUUUAACAAACUGAUAAUGGAGGAUCUUCAGUGGUUGUUGUUAGCUCCCUUUGUUGCUAUGGUAAUACUCUUGUUAGUGCUACAUGGUUUCCCAGCAAAAGACUUGUUACCAUACACAAACCAAUCCAAAAGCAAUUGACAUCAGGACAAAGUAUCCAUUCAUACAGUGAUUUCAGAGGAUCUCAAAGUUGCAUAGUUGUAUAUGCUUUAUUAAGUAUGCAUUUUUUGGUGCAAGUGAGAAAAUUUUCUAGAGUGAACUUUAAAAAAAAAAUUGAAGUCUGAACCAUGUUACCACUAUAUAAUCUACAUUACAAAAAUUUGAGUGAAGAGAGUCGAGUGCUAUUUAAAUACAAGAACCAUUAGCUUGAUUAUGAUAUCAAAUGGAAACCAUUAUUACAAAACCUUUUGCAUUGUCUGUGAUCAUUUAUAAUGUGAGUACUAGUGCAACAGAAUGGGGGAAAGUGGUUUAGUUUGUGUAUUUUAUACGCAAUUACUUGAUGUUUAUGUCUUUUCAUAUGAGAUGUGUGUGAAAAAUGAAGUGAGCAUGACAAAACAUGAAAUAUAUUUGCUUGUAAUUUUUGAAAUCAUAACAUUUCUACAUGUGAAUUAAUAUUAUUUAAAUUUCCAAUGUCUUUGUCCAAUAUAAAAUUACAAAUACU